AUCCUCUCCUCUUAUUAAUACAUGAAUCAAAACGAAGCCAUUGCCACCAUGUAAUGUCCGUGAAUCAACCUCUGCACUGGAGUACCUAGUAGGCAGUGAUGGUUACAAUACCGAGCUCUUUUCCCCAAUGCCGUCUUACAUCCUCUUACAUCUACCCCACCUCAUCGCCCGUCAUUGCGGGGAGAAAUAUAUUUAUAUCGUGGUAUAAUCUCAAAUAAACUGGAGCAUCAACAUUUGACUGACUCAUCCCACGUCCAUCAUGGCGCACAAAUUUCAUAUAAACACAGCACACAUUCACAUGAAAUGGGACAAGUCUCUUACUCCCGUCUUGACUGUUGAUUCGGGUUCUGAGAUAUCAUUCGAUCUCCUCGAUGGAGGUUCUAAUCAAAUCACAGAUACUUCAGACAUCACCGCUGUUGAAAACUUUGAUCUCGCAAAAGCCGAUCCUGCAUUUGGUCCCGUCUACGUCAAUGGAGCUUCCCCAGGCGAUGUACUUAAAGUCGAAUUUCUAUCCCUCAAACCGGCUGAUUAUGGCUGGACAAUCUGUUUACCAGGCUCAUUCGGAUUCGGCCUACUAGCUGAUGAAUAUCCCGAAGCAUCUCUCAAAAUCUGGGAUCUUUCAACAGGAGAAGAUUUUGCCGUAUUCAAGCAAGGAAUACAUGUCCCCAUAAAACCAUUUUUGGGUGUGGUGGGAGUAGCGCGGGAGGAAGAGGGAGCAUUUUCUACAGUUCCUCCUUAUGAUACGGGUGGAAACAUCGAUUGCAAAUAUAUUACUCAAGGAUCUAUUCUUUACCUUCCUGUCAAAGUUCCAGGUGCUUUGUUUAGUUGCGGAGAUGGCCAUGCGGCCCAAGGAGAUGGGGAGGUUUGCGGAACGGCUAUUGAAACGCCUAUGAAGGCUACAGUACGUCUGACGGUUGAGAAAGGUAAACCAUGGAUUCAAAGUCCACAUUUUAUGGUUCCUCCUCAACCUGUCACUGUGGAUAAGGGAGAAUAUGCUGCAUUAGGGAUUGAUAGUGAUCUCAGAGAAGCGAGCAGAAAGGCAUUAAGAGGAUUGAUAGCUUGGCUUGUGGGAGAGAAAGGGUUGGACAGACAAGAAGCAUAUAUGCUUGCCAGUGUGGCUGCACAUUUGAAGAUUGCGGAAAUUGUUGAUAUGCCGAAUUAUGCGGUGGCUUGUAGUUUGCCGUUGAGUAUAUUUGUUGGUGCUCCUUAUGUUUGAGGCUAGGAGAGUUUCACAUUCACAUCAGCUUCGAGAGUAGGUGUGAGCAGUUUUUAACCACGGCAUGUUUCCAAUAUAUGCCCCACAUACCGAGUUUCCCCCAUUGAAAUGAAUUCAUAUCUCACGCAUAUAAUACACAAAACGACUAAUCCAUAUCAAGAGAAGUGACACGCGCUCGAUCAACCAUUCAAUAUCUCUCUCCUAUAGCUAACUGGUUACUCUCGAGGUCUUCUUCGGACAAUACAACAAGACCGCUUAGAUUCGGUGUAA